UUCCCUCCCUCAAGCCUCCUCUCCACUUCUUUCUCGUGUGUUUCUCUCUCUCUCUCGCUGAGCUCUUCUGCGUCGUGCACACCGUAGAGGUUCGUCUCGUCCGCAGACAGCGGUGUCUGACACUGGAGAAGGCCAAAGGUCGGAUUUUUGGGAGUUCGAACCCAACAUCAAAGACGGAGUCCAAAGGGAAUCCUGCCUACCAAGAUCUUGUUCGAUCACUCUGGCCGCCCCUGAAGUACCGUCUCCUCUCACCUUGAGAGAGGUGUGGGCUCGGGAGGACGCUGUCUUCCCUCCUCACUCCACUCUCCUCUUUGUUUGGCUUCUUUGUUGUAUGGUAAAAGGAUACCCGAUCGACAACGGCUGACCGCUGAAUCUAUUGUAAGAUACAUCUACUAGGCAUAGUUCUUUACUCCUUUGCUUACUAGGGUUUGUUAGCUGCACAAUAUUGUUUGGGAAUCUACAAAGGAAGAUCUUGUGUUGUUUGUGGAUUUAUUAACGCCCCAGAAGAUGGCAAGGUUCAGUUGCUUCUCUAAUCUUCUCAUCGGAAUGAAGAAGAAAUCCGAAAAAUCAUCCAAAGCUGUUGAUGCCAAAAGGGUGAAUAGUACUGGAGAUUUGCGAGUUAAACCAGAAGAUCUCCUUCAUCCUUCUCUCGAGAUGGGAACCAAGGAGGCAUCUUUUGGGGAUUCAGUACCUUUAAAAGCUCAAGGAAAGAGCUCUUUGAGCAAUUUGAAGGUUGAUGGGAAUGGGAACACUAAUGAGAUCUUGACAAGGACUACAGCAGCAGUUGAGGCAGCUUAUGAGGGAGGUGAUGAGCAUGAUGAUGUUUUAUCUAUGAAAAGGGACUUCUCUGACUUCGAUCUCCAGGCGUUAGCCAUGGAGAAAGGUGAACUUGCAUACCCUGGUUUUAAUCAAGAAUUCAACAAUGAUGUGAUGGAGUACAAGUCAGACAAAAUUGCAGGGAUCACUCCCAAUAUGCUGGACCAAAGCGGGCAUGUCAGCGAUCCAGGGAUGGGGAGGACGACAGCAUUUUGGGGAUCUCCCUCACUGAAGCGUUCAUGCUCCAACAUAGAGAGAAAGAGAUCUGGUAAAUUCCUUACAUCGCCUACCAAGUCCUAUUCAUGCGAAGAUCUUCAAAAGCUAGCAGAAAAUGGUGGUGGAGAAGCACAUGGCAUUCUAGGCAGCCCAUUAUCUGUAAUGACCUCCUGCAGUGCUGACAAGGUGAUGUUAAAGAAGAGAUCUUCAAGCCAGGUGCUUCCCUCAAGGAGUAGGAAGCUCUGGUGGAAGCUUUUCCUUUGGAGUCAUAGGAAUCUCCACAAGUCUUGGGUCUCAAAACCAGAGAGGACAGUCUCCACUGUUGAUGCAUCCAAGCAGAAAGGUGGCUAUUGCUCAGAUACGCUUGAACCAAGCUGUAAGAUUGACAUAAAAAACAAGAAGCCAAUGGAAGAACCUGAGAUCAGGAAUGAUUUGUGGCCUCAAAAUCAAUGGGUAGCAUUUUGUGCAGAAUCCUCGUCUCUAGAUAGAGUUAAUGCUUGGGUCCAUAGUCUCGAUGAUAGCCCUUUCAACCCAAUUGAUGAUGAUGAAGUGGUCACUGGAGUUUAUGUUAACAUGGAUUCUACUGAGGUGGGAGAACCUUCAGGCAAGAACCAGACUGGUAUGAGCAGGCGCACCGUGGAGGAAAUCGUGCAGGCCAACAAAAUUGUUGAAUCUCUCAAUUCCUUAUCUGCAGUGGCUCACAUUUCCUGCAUGGGUUUGAAAGUAAUACCAGCUAUUUCAGCCUUCAAUAGCCUCCGAGUGAUCAAUUUAUCAGGCAAUUUCAUAGUUCAUAUUUCUCCUGGAUCAUUACCUAAGAGCCUUCAUAUGCUUGACUUGUCAAGGAACAAGAUUGCCACAAUUGAAGGUCUCAGAGAAUUGACGAAACUAAGGGUGCUUAAUCUCAGUUAUAACAGAAUCUCACGAAUUGGUCAUGGACUGUCAAACUGCGUUCUAAUUAAAGAACUUUACCUCACGGGCAACAAGAUCAGUGAUGUCGAGGGGCUACACAGGCUCUUGAAGCUUACUGUGCUUGACCUGAGCUUCAACAAGAUAUCCACAGCAAAAGCCUUAGGCCAGCUUGUCGCCAAUUAUGACUCUCUCUUGGCCCUUAACCUACUUGGCAACCCGAUACAGACCAACAUCGGGGAUGACCAGCUCCGCAAGGCAGUCUGUAGCCUCCUCCCACAGCUUGCUUAUCUCAACAAGCAACCGACUAAACCCCAUAGGGAGGUGGUAACUGGCAACAUAGCCAAGGCUGCACUUGGGGACAACGGCUGGCAUUCUAGGAGGAGGUCAACAAGGCGUGUGAUCCAGAGUAUGAGCUCAUCGGUCAAGGUAAGGGUUGGAGAGGGAAGUAGCCACAAGGGAAGCAGCCACAAGGAUAGACAGGGAUCAAAGAGCAGGCAUCAACACUCGAUUUCAACAAGAAAAUAAAUUCAGAACCUACAAGACUUGAGUUUGAUAAUCUGCAUGCAACUCAACAAAUAAGCUGUCUCUUAAUCCAAGCUUUAGCAGAGAUGAUCUAUGCAUGGCUAAGGAGGAAGUAUCACAUUGCAUUUAACUAUGUUAAUUAUUGAAAAUUAAUGGUAAAAAUGUUCUAUCUAAAUAGAUAUUGCUGCUUGUUAAAGACAGUUGCAAUUGUUGGGAUCAAUGUGAGCAUAAUUCAUGCAAUUGUGCUGAUAAAA